CAAGGCCACAUUGCACUCCGAGUCGGCGCGUUCUACGCUGUCAGGCUCGGGCGGUGCUCGGUUCAAGUCAGGAGAACCUUCAAAUUUCUUGACCUCCCGUGAACUGCAGUUCCCUCAUCGCUCUUGAAGCCUGACCGUUCAUUCUGCAACCUGGACUUCUCCAUUGAAUAUAGCCAUGCCAGAACCGAUCUACUUUCUCACUCACACUCCCGAACAAGCAGCGAAAUGGGAGGACAUAGCUCGCACCGAUCCCGAGCGUGUCCUCGAUACCCUCGACAUGGGGCCCACAAAGCCAACAAACAGAUGGGGAGACCAGCCUCAGGAUGUAUUCCCGUGCUUCGCGGCUUGCGGUAAAUUGGCGAGCGAGGGCACCGCGGAGUGGCACCGCCUGCUGGACGCGGGCGUCGCGGACAAGCUAUGCGAUGGUAUCUUGUAUGCGAAGAUCUACCAUCCGACGCUCCCGAGUAUGUCUGAGGAAAUGCAGCGGGAGGCGGUGAGGCAGGUUCACUCCGGCCAUUUCGUACCGCUUGAUGCCAUUUGCCACGCGGUCUGCUCCAUCUCGAAGACGCCGAACGAGUCUGAAAGCAAAUUCCUGCGAACACUCAAGCAGCGAUGGCCAGAAAUGAUCAAACACCUUUGGGAAUCUCCUCAGAAUGCGCUUCGUCCCGAGUCAUCUCAUGCCAUCGAACGCGCCGUCAUUGCCAAGAUCGUCGCGCGACUCACAUAUAUCGACUCGUCUGUGAUGAGCAUGAUAGAUGCAGAUUUCGACAUGACCCUCCCUCUGUUGACUCGCUAUUUCAUCCACAGCACCGAGGAACGCGAUACCCUCUAUCUCCUGAAGACCAUCACGAUUCUGACGUCCGCUGUCGGGGACAAAGACGUCAUCAAAUACCGCAAGUUGCAUCGUCUGCCAAAGACAUGGCUCUCGCGGAUGAUGCGCGGCUCGACCCCACCGCGGAAACUCUUCGACCGGUGCGGGAUACACCUCACGCAAACGAUGAAGACGGAAGAGGACGCGAGUAUGGUCAUGGACUUCAUCAUUGAUCUUUUCGACCUCGUCAACGACCAGGGCCCCGAAUUCGCAGGCGACGUCCGGCAGUCGGCCUCGCUGUGGACGAACCUGUUCAUCUACAUGCGGAAGACAGCGGAGCGGAAGAUCGAGCCUACCGAUAAGGCUGCAGACAGGCGCGCCAAACGGAUCGUGGCGAAGGUCAUCGGCAUCACCGCUAACUGGAUGCACACCUGCUUCUUCCAUGCUUCCGACCAGCUCAAGCCGUUCCUGGAGCUCUGUAUCCGGGCGGACUUAUUCAGCGCGCUCGAUAUUGCCAUUCCACGCGCCGUCGAGGCGGAGGGUGUGACCAUGCAGCUCACGCGCAUCCUCUUCUCGCUCGACAGCGUCCUCUCCAAGGGUCCCUCCGCCGCAGCCCUCGUCAAGGGCCAGCUCCCCCGCCCCCGCAUUUUCCAUGCGCUUCUCAUGCACUCCUACUUGGACCCGCGCACCCGCACCCCGCGCGCGCCGAGCGAGUGGGUGCGCAACGGGACGAUCCAGAAGAACGCGAAGGGCAUCCCCACCGAGCCCGACUUCUACGACUCGGGCUGCUGGCAGAUGUGGCGCCAGCUAGAGACGUGCGCGAAGCCGCGCGGGGGACUGGAAGGAACACAAGAUCGUGUGUGGAAUUGAAGUAAGUGACACGGUACCGAACAGUGGAUGCCUUCAGAAAAUUACUAUCCCAGCCCUCAGCGCGUUGUCGAUUAGUGAUUGAAACAGCUUUCUUAGCGGCUCUCGCACUAUAUACUUGUCUUGACGGCCUCGGUGCUCCAACUCAUAGCCAUUCCAUUGACAUGGUCCACCGCGCGCAAGUAUUUAACGUUUGAACCUCGAUUUGUAUACUAGCGCAG